CAUAGACUGACGUACACAUAUAACAACACAUUCACGUACAUAUCUAUCUUAUAUACGUAGGAGUCUGCAUAUAAAUAGAGAUAGAUAUAUAUAUAUAUAUAUAUAUAUACACAAUACACUGUAUACAUACGUUUUGUUAAGUACAACAUCUACAGCAGCAGCAGCAGCAACAACAACAACAACAGCAGCAACUAAAACGACCGUUUCUAUAAGAAUAACAUUAUCAACAUCACAAUCAUCAUCAUCAUCAUCGACGGGAAGAGAGUGAAAAGAGAAGCUGGCGAUGGCGAAAGAAGCAGAAAAACGACAGCCGAGGAAAGGAUGAACGAUAGAGAGAGAGGAACAAGAGAGAGAGGAGUAGGAGGAGGAGGAGUAUGUGAAGACAAACCUCAACAACUGCAACCACCUCAGUUACUAUUACCACCACCACCAUCAUCAUCAUCGUCAUCACCACAACAACUAUCAUAAGACCAUAGCAUUCGACGUCGACAUCAUCACCACCAACAACAGUAAGAACAACAAAAGUUACGAACCGACGAAGGAUCCUCUGCGUGGUCCGUCGAUCUGCUAGAAAGAGCAGCCAAGUUUCCCCUGAAGCCACGCCCUAGGAUCGUAAACAAGUUAGGACACGGUUUGGAUUGUUGGUCUACCCGAUACGUUGUUUUGAGAAAUUUGAUAUGGUCAUGGUUGGAACGUCUUUGAUCGUAGAUCGGUCCAAAUUAUGAUCGACCUGGUGCUAAACAACAACAACAACUGUUACAAUUACAACAAAUCACAAUACCUAACGAUCAUUCAUAAAUAUUGAUAAUAAUAAUAAUAAUAAUAAUAAUAAUAAUAAUAAUAAUAAUAACUGCCGUUACUCCAGCAUCUACAUCAACAACACUUUCACUACCACCGCAACAAUAACAGCAUCAGCAUAAUCAUCAUCACCCACAUCAACUACCACCACGACUGUGACUACGACCAACCACCACCGUCAGCAGCACCAUCACCACCACAACGUAAUUAAUAUUUAAGAAAGAAGAGGAAGACGAAGAAGAAGGUGGGAGGGUGGUCAAAUUAUAAAGACAUUAACACGGCGAAGCGACACAAUGUCGGACAGGGGUGUUCCCGACCAUCAGCUCCGUCUGGAAUGGGUAUACGGUUACAGAGGUCACCAGUGCCGAAACAACGUCCACUUCACGGCCUCGGGUCGAGCAGCCGGUGGUGGGAACAAUGUGGUUUAUUUUGUGGCCGGAGUGGCCAUCGUUUACUCAGUUCGACAACACACCCAGAAGUUUUAUCUUGGCCAUGAUGAUGAUAUUAUCAGCAUGUGCCUGCAUCCAGAUACAGUGCUGGUAGCCACUGGACAAGUCGGGAAGGCACCAUACAUUUGUGUCUGGGACUCCAAUACAAUGAAGACGGUCUCCUAUCUCAAAGACCAGCAUCAGCAUGGCAUUUCAGCGAUGAGUUUUGACAAAUGUGGCAACAGACUGGUCUCUGUUGGAACUGACCCUCAUGCCACCAUCAAUGUCUGGGAAUGGAAAAAAGGAAAGGUUAUAGCAACCACCAGAGGUCACAAUGACAAGGUAUUUGACAUUCAGUUCAAUAUCUUCGAAGAGAACACAAUCGUCAGUUGUGGAGUGAAACACAUCAAGUUCUGGAACCUGUGCGGCAAUUCCCUUCAAGCUAAGAAAGGAGUUUUUGGUAAAACUGGUGAAAUACAAACGAUGCUGUGCCUGGCCUUCAGUCCUGACCAGACGACUUAUGCUGGGACCCUUUCAGGGGACAUCUAUGUUUGGAAAGGGAGUCAUUUAUACAACACCAUCUCAGAUGUUCAUGAUGGUCCCCUGAACGCUUUAUACAUGGGAGAAGAAGGUUAUGUGACUGGCGGCAAAGAUGGAUUGGUCAAACUCUGGGAUGGAGACUUCAAGCUUAUCGCGGUCAUCAACAUGACCACCAUCCCUAAUGGCUACAGAGAUUUGUGUGUCCGAAGCGUCUGCUGGAAAGGAGAGGUCAUCCUUGUUGGCACCAAAGGCGGAGAAAUCUUCGAAGUGACCGUCCACGAACGCAAUAAACCCCGUUGCUUGCUGCAGGGCCACGCUGAAGGUGAACUCUGGGCAUUGGCUGUCCAUCCUCGCAAACCGAUCUUUGCGACAGGCAGCGAUGACCAUACACUGCGAAUUUGGCAAAUGAGUAACUUUGAAAUAUUAUCCAAGACAACAUUAGAACACAAGAUUCGUUCCUGUGCGUUUCGCAACGAUGGUUCAGAAAUUGCUGUUGGUUAUGAUGACGGUUCGUUUGCUGUAUUGAAAACCAGAGACAUGGCUGAAGUGAUCCACACUAAAGAUCGUAAAGAAGUCCUACAUGAGAUGAAAUACUCGCCAUGUGGCAAGUACCUUGCUGUGGCCUCCAAUGACAACUAUGUCGACAUUUAUUCUGCAGACCAACACUACAAGAAGGUCAGCGCCUGUUCUGGGAGCUCUAGUUUCAUCACUCACCUUGACUGGUCAGUUGAUAGUAAAUUCUUACAAACCAACAGCGGAGCCUCUGAAAGACUGAUCUACAGCAUGCCAGGUGGUAAACUGGCAAUGAACCGUGAGGAAGUAGCCAAUAUCCAGUGGGCCACAUUUACAGGUGUUUUAGGAGAUGAGGUCAGUGGAAUUUGGGAGAAGUAUUCAGCCACAAAUGACAUCAAUGCCACGGAUGCCAACUUCGAAGCUCAACUGCUGGUCACUGGUGACGAUUUUGGCCUUGUAAAACUCUUUCGCUACCCAUGCUUCCGUAAAGGAAGUAAAUUCCGAAAGUAUACAGGACACUCCGCCCAUGUCACAAACGUCCGAUUCUCUCAUGAUAAGCAACGAGUCAUCACCAUUGGAGGCGCCGACCAUGCUGUGUUUCAGUGGAAGCUGGUCAAUCCGGGAGAGUCUCUGGCAUCAGGAGAUUCACCUCUACAGCUUGAGUCCAAUAGUGAGGACAGUGAUUCUGAAUUGUCCGAUGUGGCUGCCCUGGAUUCUGACCUGGAGGCCGAGAAACAGGUCACAUACACCAGGAAGGUUUACCAGGAAGACCUCAGCACACUGCGCAGGAUGUCACGCAGCGAACUGAAAACUGUGGACAAGAGACAAAACGGGCCAGAUCGAGGGCUCAAGCUGGAAUAUGUCCAUGGUUACCGGGGCUACGACUGUCGCAACAAUGUCUUCUACACCCAGGCCGGCCGUCCCGUCUACCACAUUGCUGCUGUUGGCAUCGUCCUCGACCGACAAAACAACAAACAACAGUUCUACCUGGGACACGACGAUGAUGUGCUUUGUCUUUGUAUUCACCCAACCAAAAAUCUCGUUGCCACUGGACAGGUCGGCCGAAACCCUUCUGUCCACGUCUGGGACACUGAUACCUUUAAAUCUGUAUCAAUAUUAAAAGGACAACAUCAACGAGGAAUUUGUGCUGUGGAUUUCUCUUGUGAUGGCAAGAAGUUAGCAUCUGUGGGACUGGAUGAUGACCACACCAUCGUCGUGUGGGACUGGAAAAGAGGUGAAAAACUUGCUACUGCAAAAGGAUACAAGGACAAGGUAUUUGUCAUUAAGUGGAACCCUUUUGAUGACAACCAGCUGGUUAGUGUAGGGGUGAAACACAUCAAGUUCUGGACACAAACAGGUGGAGGGUUUACAUCUCACCGUGGUGUAUUUGGUAAAGACUCCAAGAUCUGUGACAUGCUUUGCAUCAGCUUCGGUAAAUCUGUAGAAUGCUGUUUUUCUGGCGGCAGUAAUGGUCAUGUGUUUGCCUGGUUUGGGAACUCAAUCCAAAGAACCGUCAAAGCUCACGAAGGACCUUGUUUUGCCAUGCACUCUUUGGAAAAGGUAACGACUCAAGAAUUUUUCCUUGUAAAUGAUCAUAAGAAUGGAGAAGUGCUGGAAAUAGAAAAAGACGGUCCAAUGACAAUUCUAACACAGGGUCACAAAAUGGGUGAAGUAUGGGGUUUAGACACGCACCCUUCCAAGAAAAUGUGUGCCACAGUCAGUGAUGACAAAAGCCUCCGUCUCUGGGACGUCAGCAACCAUUAUAUGGUGAAUUUCAAGCUGUUGAAGAUUGCAGCCAGGUGUGUGAGCUUUUCACCAGAUGGCAGUGUCAUCGCUGUCGGAUAUAAGGACGGUAGUUUUGAAGUCGUCAAUGUUGACACAAUGAAUGAGGUUGCAUCAUACCAUCACAGGAAAGAGGAGAUAUCAGACAUCAAAUUCUCACCAAAUCCUGGCAAGUAUUUGGCUGUUGCGUCCCAUGAGAACUUUGUAGACUUAUACAACACAAGCAGUUUGAAGAGGGUCGGCAUCUGUAAGGGCUGUUCCAGUUACAUUACUCACAUUGACUGGGAUAAAGAAGGUAGAGUCAUAAUGGUAAACUCCGGUGCCAGAGAACAACUGUUUUUUGAAGCUCCAAGAGGGAAACGAUUUAACCUGAGACAAGCAGAAGUGGACAAAUUCCACUGGGCCAGUUGGACGUGUGUCCUCGGCACCACCUGUGAGGGCAUCUGGCCCAGCAAGGCCGACAUCACCGACAUCAAUGCCACAACCUUGUCCAAUGACAAGACAAUGCUGGCAACGGCCGACGACUUUGGAUUAUUGAAAAUAUUCCAGUUCCCAGUUAAGGGUCAACUUGCUAAGUUCAAGAAAUACACUGGACACAGUGCCCAUGUGACCAACGUCCGAUGGUGUUUCGAUGACCAAAAGCUUGUCACCGUCGGUGGCGCUGAUAUGUCUGUGAUGGUGUGGGCUGCCACUAAUCCAGCAGCAAAAGCUGAUGUCUGCAGAGGAGACAGUGAUGACUCACAGACAGAUUCUGAUGAAGAAGGUUAUGACAGUGACGUUGAUCGAGAGAAGAACAUGGACUACAGCAGCAAGAUCUACGCUGACUCUCUACAUCGGAGGGAAGGCAUCAAACCCAACAUGGUCUGUGCAAAUGGAGACUUACACAGCAAUGCAAUGUCUGUCACUCGGAAUUUGAACCCACCUCCUAAGGUUUUGCACAACGAAGCGUUGAUGAACAGCAAGAAGAAGAGAACAGCCCCAGUGUCUGGCCUCGUGUUGGACCACGUGCACGGUUACCGAGGUUUCGAUGCACGCUGCAACCUGCAUUACCUUGACGACAGCGGAGACGUUGUCUUCCACACUGCUGGAGUUUGUAUUGUACAGAACAUCGCAACUGGAACCCAGAGUUUCUACACAGGCCACACAGAUGACAUACUGUGCCUGAGUGUCAACUCCCACCCGAGAUUCAAAAACACAGUGGCCAGCGGUCAACUUGGUAACCCACCCUGCAUACAUAUAUGGGAAGCUUACAGUAAAGAGACUCUGUCCAUUUUGGAAGGUGUUCACAGCAAAGGAACUUGCUCUUUGGAUUUCUCCAGCACUGGACGGUACCUAAUUUCAGUAGGUUUAGAAUCUGAACACAAAAUCGCUCUUUGGAAAUGGCAAGAAGGUACACAAGUUGCUUGUGCUAACGGCCAUACUGACCGAAUCUUCCGAGCUGAAUUCCGGCCAGACUCUGACCAUGAGAUUGUUAGUGUUGGAGUUAAGCACGUCAGGUUUUGGACAGUGACUGGCAGCCAACUGGUCGGGAAGCGAGGAAUCCUCACAAACUGCACUGAUGGAGGUAACCCCUGUAAAAUGCAAACCAUGCUGUCUGUGGCCUUUGCAAAUAAUAGCAUCACCUACACAGGGGCCCUAAGUGGUGACGUCUACGUCUGGAAGGACCACACUCUUUUACGUCUGGUAAUCAAGGCACACACUGGGCCUGUCUUCUCCAUGUUUACCACCAUUAAAGAUGGAUUAAUUGUAACUGGUGGCAAGGAACCCCUUACAGCUGAAAAUGGUGCAGUGAAGUUGUGGGACCAAGAAAUGAAGAGAUGUCGUGCAUUCCCUCUUGCAGAUAGUGGCAGUAAAAUGAUUGUAGUAAAAUCUGUUUGUCGGGCCAAGAGUAAAAUUCUUGUUGGAACACAUUUGAAUAACGUAUAUGAAAUUACCGAGAAGAAUGGAAUCACAAAAGCCUUAGUAACGGGCCAUGGUGAGGGCGAAGUAUGGGGCCUUGAUGUUCAUCCAAAAAUCUCCUACUUCAUUACUGGUAGUUUUGAUGGAACUGUCCGAGUCUGGGACCUUUCAACCAAAAAUCAGAAUAUCCAUAACCGAAAACGUGGGUUCAGCCCAGACGGCAGGUUCUUAGCUGUGGGCACUGAGGACAAAUUCGUAGACUUCUAUGACCUGAGCCAAGGAAAGAACCUUAGUAGAAGUGGGCUCUGUAAAGGGGUCCCUGGCGCCAUUUUGAAGAUGGAUUUUUCUGCUGAUAGUAAUUACAUUAAGGUUGGCACCGAAGCGUAUGUGGAAAAGAUCUAUACAGUACCUGGUGGCAAGCUGGUUGAUAACCGUUCUGUUACCGAUUCCAUUGUAUGGAGUUCCUGGACAAGUAUUCUUGGCAAAGAAGUAUUAGGAAUUUGGCCAGAAAAUUCCGAACGAGGGGACGUGAAUUGUUGUCACCUUUCAAGUUCAAAUAAAACCUUAGCAACUGGGGAUGAUUUUGGAUACGUGAAGCUCUUUGAAUUUCCAUGCGAACAGAAAUAUGCACCGUUCCAGAAAUAUAUCGGACACUCAGCGCAUGUGACCAAUGUCCACUUCACUCCCACGGGACGUUACCUCAUCAGUACUGGAGGAGAUGAUUGUAGUGUAUUUAUAUGGAAGUGCAAAUAAACGGAGCUGGCAACACCCAUUGAGUCUUCUGAGCCUUGAAUUCUUAAAUUCUUCAAUUAGCUACAGCUCUCACUCACACACACACACACACACACACACACACACACACACACACACACACACACACACACACACACACACACACACACACGUACAUAUGCACACACACAUGCACAGGUGCACACAUACACACACAUUCAUACACACACACACACACACACACACACACACAUACAUACAAACAUAUACUUGCUUAAACUGUCCCUUUCUCUCUUUCAUACCCUGAUGCACACACACACAGACACACACACACAAGCACACACACACAUACAUAUACAUAAACUUACAGACACACAAGCAUCUACUCAAACUUCCCCUCUCUUUC